AGCUCAGCAGCAGCUCGGCAGCCAUUGGCCGGUCUGGUAUCGAGCAUCCUUCUAGAAAAAGCUCAACUUAAAGUAAAACACACGGACCGUAUUCCGCGCUGCACCGCUAAACACAAACCCAAACAGAGCCAAAUCUCUUUGAAGACAAAGAGUAUAAAGAUGCCUUCAGCAACAGUUGGCAACAAUGCUGUCCAGUCUGCUGUUCCAGACCUGGGAAAUGGAAGUCAAUCUGAGGCUAUGAAGCAAAUUCUUGGUGUUAUUGAGAAGAAGGUCCGGAAUAUGGAAAAGAAGAAGGUCAAAUUGGAUGACUACAAUGCAAAAAAGGACAAGGGAGAAACUCUGAAUCAGGAUCAACUGGACGCCUUGUCAAAGUAUCAAGAGAUCUUCCACAACCUUGAUUUUGCCCGAGAAUUACAGAAGAACUUCCUGGCGUUGGGCCAAGAGAUUCAAAAAGCAGUGAAGAAGUCUGCAAGACGAGAGCAGCUGCAGCGGGAGGAGAUGGAACAACGGCGGCUGAAGACGGUUUUAGAGAUUCAGUAUUUGCUGGACCAAUUGGGAGAUGAAGCCGUCAGACAGGACCUUAAACGACCGGAUGCCUCUGGCUCCUCUCUGCUCACUGAUGCUGACCUCACAUCCCUGGACGAGUUUUACAAAUUGGUGGGACCUGAUAGGAACUACGACAUCAGGUUGACCAACCAAUAUGAAGAAGCCUCACUGCACUUGUGGGAUCUGCUUGAGGGCCGAGACAAAGCCGUGGCAGGAACCACAUACAAAUUGCUGAAGGAGACUUUGGACAAGGUGCUGCUGAGUGGUUACUUUGACAGACCACAGUCUCAUCAGAAUGGGGCAUGUGAGGAAGAAGAGACACAAGAGGAAGAGACUGCACUGGCUGAGACUGCAGUUGCUGGGGAGCAGCAGUCAGAACCUGGUAACGUGCAACACAUAGAAGGACUCCCUAAUGAAAACUACACUGAGCCAGUUAAAGUGGAAACCACAGAGUUUGUUAACAGACAGUUCAUUCCAGAAACUACAUACAGUAGUCCAGACAAAGACCAAGUGGAGGAGUGGUCUGCAGAGGCUCAGAUGGUGAAUUCCCUCCAGCACCAACCCUCAACACAGCUGGCUCCAGAGCCAGCCGUAACUGUGAACCAAGCUGCUGACCCUCCUACCAGUGACCCAGUGGUCAGAAAGCAGGCAGUCCAAGACCUCAUGGCCCAGAUGCAAGGGACAUACAACUUCAUGCAGGACUCCAUGUUGGAGUUUGAUGGACAGGCCCUGGACCCGGCCAUCGUGUCUGCCCAGCCAAUGAAGCUUGUGAAGACUGUCGACCUGCAGCAGAUGGGUGGCCCUUCAAUCCACUCAGAGUCCAGGCUUUCUCAGACAACUGCAGUGUCUGGACCACGAGAAUCCUCUCCAGUAUUUAAUAUGAAUGCGCCUGUGCCCCCACCCACUGAUGGCCAUGCAGAACCCCUGAAGCAGCCCAGCCAGUUUCCCAGCAGCUAUGGACAGGCCUUUACCAGCCAGUCAGAAAAUACAGUAGAGCAGCCUGACAUCCCACAGGAACGAUUACAGUCAGUUGUUGGUGGGUUCCAGCCCCAAGAUCAAGUCCUGCCUUCGCCAGGAGGCCAUGAAGAUUCCUCUGCAGGUGCAGGGUUUGGACAGUCUGGCCAGUCCUUUUACAACAGCAGGGCUGCACCCAGGGGUGGACCUAGAAACGCUCGUGGCAUGAUGAAUGGAUACCGGGGCUCCUCGAAUGGCUUUAGAGGGGGAUAUGAAGGCUACCGUCCACCUUUCUCAAAUGCUCCUCCCACCGCUGGUUAUGGCCAACCCCAAUUCAACACAUCUCGGGACUAUUCCAGUAGUACUUACCAGCGGGAGGGAUAUCAACAAGGCUACAAGCGGGGAGCUGCCCAAGGACCUCGAGGUUUGUCCCGCGGCAACACUCAAGCAAUGCGAUCCUAAAGAAUCCUUUGGACUGCCAAGUUGCGCCACGUUGAACAUUCAGGAUUUUUGAAUGUGUUUGCCCCAGCUCACUUUUAUAACAAUGUUCUGUUUCUGAUCGACUCCCUCCCUCCCACCCACCCACUAUUGGCUUACUUGUGAGUCAGCCUGCUUCGGUCUGUCUAGAUCUUCUAAAUGUUUUAACACAAAAUGCUGAGGUUCCCCGUAUGAGAGAUUCUCAGCAAGUUUGUGUGAUGUAAAACUACAAAUAGAUAUUCCUGUAAACUUGAAAGAUUUCAUUAAUUUAUUUUUUUGUACAAAACAAAUGCAAAAAAUACCCUGCCACUGUCGGUCUGAUUCCAUGCGACUGGUUUUCUCCUGGCCUGUGCUGUCAACCACCUUUUUACUUUUGAUCUUAUCAUUUUCAUAAAGGCAUUUACUUUUUUUUUUUUUAACCCACUCUUGCGCCAUCGUGUUUGUACACUGUUAUUGGUUGAGACUGUUUCAAUAAAGUUGUAUCCUAUAA